AUGUGGAGCAGACGGCGAGGCCUCCUCAGGCCGUUAGGCUGCGGAGUGGAGGAGCUACGGUGCCGCCGGCGGGAGCGGGAGGCAGCACUGCGGAAGGCGCGGAGGGAGCAGCAGCUGGUUAGCAAGAGGCUGCUGAGAGACGAAGCUACGGAGGAAGCCGAAGGGGGAUGUGUGGUCGUGAUCCUCGGAGAAGCCGAGAUCCAGGAGUUCCUGCGGUUGGCCCAGCGGGGGAUAGAGGAAAAGGAGAGGGAGAGGGCUCUGGUCAGCCUUCGUCGAGGCUUGCAGCACCCUGAGACACAACAGAUCUUCAUCAGGCUGGAGGGCAGCAUUCGGACCCUGGUUGGGCUCCUGACCAGCAACCAGGCCCUGCUGCAGCUUGAGGCGGCUCGGUGCCUUCAUGAGCUCUCUCACUCUGAGCAGUCUGCGGUGGCUGAGGCCUGCCUGCCAGCAACUUCCUACCUUCUCACCUACCUCUCCGGUCACAGCUCAGACUUUAUAGAGCUCUGUCUGUAUACCCUGGGUAACCUGAUUGUGGAGAGUGAGGCUGUGAGAAGGCAGCUUCUGCCUCAGGGCAUUGUUCCGGCUUUGGCUGCCUGCAUCCAGUCUCCCCGUCUGACUGUGCUGGAAGCCCUUGGAUAUGCCUUGUCCCAGCUUCUGCAGGCUAAGGAGGCUCCAGAGAAGAUCAUCCCCUCCGUCCUGGGCUCUACUCUCCCCCAGCACAUACUGCAACUGUUACAACCCGGCCCAAAGCUGAACCUUGGGGUAGCUGUGGAGUUUGCCUGGUGCCUUCACUACAUCAUUUGCAGCCAGGUCAACAAUGCCCUGCUCAUCACCCAGGGGGCUCUAACCACCCUGGGGCUGCUGCUCUUGGACUUGGCUGCGGCUGUCCAGAGAACUAAGAAUGCAGGACUGGAGCUGCUGGUAUGCCCUGUUGUUCGGUGUCUAAGCAACUUGCUGACAGAGGCAGCAGCAGAGACUGUGGGAGGGGCAGUGCAUCUCCGAGAUGAGCGUGUUGUGGCAGCCUUAUUUAUCCUUCUGCAGUUCUUCCUCCAGGAACAGCCCAGCCUGCUUCCUGAGGGCCUCUGGCUCCUUAACAACCUCACUGCAAACAGUCCUAGUUUUUGUACCUCCUUGAUCUCCCUGGAUCUGAUUGAGCCCCUCUUGCACUUGCUGUCAGUGUCUAAUGUUGUGAGCGUAUUGGUGCUCACAGUUCUGUGCAACGUUGCAGAGAAAGGUCCUGCUUACUGUCAGCAUCUAUGGCCAGGGCUCCUGCUCCCCACCUUGCUGGACAUGCUGGCCCUCUCUGACACUGAAGUAGUAGGCCAGAGUUUGGAGCUGCUGCAGCUGCUGUUCCUCUAUCGGCCAGGGGCUGCCCAGGCCUUCUUGCAGCAGUCAGGGCUGCAGGCCUUACAAAGGCAUGAGGAGGUGGCACAGCUUCAGGAUCGCGUGCAUGCUCUCCAGCAGACAGCUCUUUAUGGGUAA